AUGAGCAAGCUGGUCUGGAAGAAGACAGCCACAGUUUUCAUGACAUCUUGGUUUACCCAACCCAUUGGGCACCAUCAUCCACAUUUGCUAAGCGUUUACAAAAAAGGAAGUGAAGGCGCAUUUCACAAAUCUACAAUCUGUAACACCAUCACAAUGUCACAAUUCAUGAUCAAUGAGACUGUCAUAGUGCUCUCAUCAAAUAGCAUCAAUUCCUCCCAAACAGAGAAGCCAAAGCCCAUCACUCAGAGGCAGGAUAGCCUGAAGAAACAUCUAAAGGCAGAAGUCAAAGCAAUUGGGACUAUCCAGAUCUUAUGUGGCGUGAUGGUGUUGAGCUUGGGGAUUGUUUUGGCAUCUGCUCUCGUCGGUCCACAUUUUACCCCAGUGUUUUCUACCCUGUUGAAGUCUGGCUACCCAUUCAUAGGACCCUUGUGCUUCAUCAUGGCCGCCUCCCUGUCCAUCAUCACGGAGAAAAGGCUGACUAAGCCUUUGGUCUACAGCAGCCUGACCGGAAGCAUUCUGAGUGCGCUCUCUGCUCUAGUGGGUUUCAUUCUCCUGUGUGUUUGCCUGGCUGCUUUGGGUCCUGCCUCAUUGCAGUGCAAGUUGGACAGAGAGACUACACCCACUGUGAAUUAUCAUUCUUAUUUUUCUGCAUAUGAUGAUAAUGAUUGUCCCAUGGCCCAGACCAGUUUGGCUGGAGCUAUGUCUAUGAUGCUGAUUUGCACAGUACUGGAGUUCUGUCUAGCUGUGCUUAUGGCUGUGCUUUGGUGGAAACAGGCUCAUUCUGAUUUCCCUGGGAGCGUGCUUUUUCUGCCUCAUAGUUAUAAGGAUAAAUUCAGCACGUCCUCAAAUGUGCAUCGUGGCCCUGGAUAUGAAGAACUAUUGUCUCCUUAGGAAAAAAAAAAGACAAAAAUAUUCAUCAGAAAGUUGAUCUUUAUAAUAUAGAAAACUUAACCAUUAUUUUUUUUAAAAGAGCAAAGUUUGAGUUUCCUAAAUGUAGGCUUUUAAAGUAAUGGAUUUUUUUUUAAGUUUUCUUCUCACUGAAUGCAUGUGUUCCAUGACGAUCUCUUGAUUUGUCUGCACAGAGCUGUAAAUUGUCAUUUAAUAGGACUCUCCAAAUAGCCAUUUCCUAGAAAAUUCGGCAGAAUGAUGACUCAUUGGACCAUGGUGAAGCAAAGGGCACAACUUGUUCUUGGACCCCUGAAAAGUCAGAAGGAGUUAAGUAAUUUGUUGUGGUUUUCGAACUCUUAGAGUAAGGGCUGGUGUUUUAUCACACUAUUUUAUUCA